GUUGCCUCUUUGCUUGGCAAGCCCCAAAUAUGUUUGCAAGAUACGUCUAGAGAACAGCUCAAAGACUCGGUAAAUGCGGUGGCUAAUUUUGGUAGCCACUGGAUGCGACACGGUCGCAGUCCAGGAGCUAUGCUGUCGCAACCUUGUACAGGCACAGGACGGUGUCAGCCACUGGCAGUUCCUGAGAGAAUUGAGCAAGACAUCCGCAGUCGACGGGAAAAGAAUAAGCUCUUAUGCAUGGCAGAUGCAGCAGAUGCUUUUGGGCAAGGUGCUCGGCGACAGCUCUGGCCUCCUUUGGUGGAGAAGGCUCCCAGUUGUUAUGGAGCUUUAAAGGGUGGCACUUUUGCAGAGGCCUUGGCCCUGUUCACUGGCUACCCCACGCAGAAGCUGCGCCUUUACAUCCCCAAGUUGCAGCGGGCGGAGCGGGCGCAACGACGUCAGGCACAGCAAGAGCGACGAACUGAGCUGCUUCUCCGUGGGCAAGAGGUCCCUGAGGAUCAAAGUGAUGACAGCGACGAUGAUGACCUGAACUGGUCGAAGCUGGUCUCCUGCAAGGAUGCAGGCUACUUAUUGGGUCUGGGAUGUUCUGAAGAAGCCUGCGAAAAGUCCAAGCAUCACAUCGUAGAGGAGAUGGGCUUGCAGGCUCCGCAUGCUUAUGGGAUUCUGGACUUGGCUGAGGUGGUGGUGGAUGGCAAGACAGAGCACCUGGUGAAGAUCCGAAAUCCUUGGGGCCAAAAUGCUCCCAGAACCUGGAAAGGGAAGUGGGGCAAGGACUGGGAUGGAUGGACCCCGGAACUACGAAAGGAGUUGAAAGUCAUCAAUUCCUCUGGCGUUCUGAUGGAUGACCCAAUGUCCAUCUUUUGGAUGGCCUUUGAGGAUGUGAAGGAGUACUUUGCACAGGUGGAAAUUUGUCGUGUCCAUCAAGAUUGGCAUGAGGUUCGAGAGAAAGCCUGGCUGCCAUCUUUGUUGGGACCGGGACAGGCGUUCGACCUGAGUCUACGGGAACGUAGCAAUGUGGACAUUGCCUUCUGGCAGGCUGGAGAUUUGGAUCAUCCCCUCCACGAUGCCGAAUCCAGAUAG